AUGGCGUCCCGCAGGUCGAGGUCUCCAUCGACCCCUUCAGAGGGUGAGAUCAUCGAAUCAGGUUCAGAGACGAAGGCAACUACGUCGAAACUUCCUCUUAAUGGCAGCAUCGUUGACCGUCCCACCAGAGCUAGUCCUGCACCCGCGACGCGGAGCAGAUCGCCACGCCACCGGAGAUCGAGGACCAGGACCAGGUCGACCUCGCGUACGCGGUCCCGCUCUCCCUACCGCGAUUACAGAGGCUACAAGCGCCGCCGGGACGAUGAUUAUGAUGAUUAUGACCAUGUUGACGACCGGCGAUACCGACACGAGCCACCCCGACGCGUCGGCUCCCGAUACGAUGACAGCCGGUACUACGGACGAGGUCAACCCGACCGACGCGCGCGGCCCUCCUAUUAUGACUACGACCGUGAGGAGCACUACGGCGAUGGCCUUCGAUAUAGCGAUGAAUCUGAUCGCCGCAGAGAGAAACGCGCGCGCACGCGGAGCCGGUCGCCCUAUCGCGAAGUUCGCAAGCCUAAGCAAUAUUCCGGGGAUGAGUGGGAGUCUCCAGGAGAUGGGAGUACUGCCUCUCGGAAUCGCAGGAGGGGGGCUUCUAUUGAACAGUCAGUGAGCGAGCGAGGGAACACUCCAGUCGUCGCUCAAGGUAUUAAGCAAGAUGCUGAAACUCAGAAACCUCAGGUGCAGCAAGCUUCUGCCACCUUACAUGCCCAUGUUGAUAGUGUGAAUGGGACGUCCGACACUCACGAGGAACAACCACCCGCCGAGCCCGUCGAUGAAGCGGCACAGCUAGAGGCCCGUCGCAAACGACGUGAAGCAAUCCGGGCCAAGUACCGAGGCCAGGCCACCCCGAUGCGUUUGCAGGCACUACACAUCGGUGAAAGCAGUAGAGAUUCAUCCACCCCGGGUGCAGAUACUGCCGCAUCAGGCAGUGCUAUUUCUGAAUCAGCGCCACUGUCAGCACCUGAGACGCCUGCUGAUAGUCCAGGGGAGUUGUUCUCUGACUUUAAAGUAGGCAAGGAUGCUGAUCUAAUGAACGGUGCACCGGUAAACGACUACGACCCUACCUUGGACAUGAAAGCGGAGAGGGAAAAGCAUGAUAGUCGUGGUGCUAAUGAGGAGUUGUCUGCGGCGUCUUAUGACGAAACGCAGACCUCCCGACAGGACAUCCUGCUCCCCGAUGCUGUUCCACCCCCGCCUCAGCCCAAAGCGAAGGAUCCUUAUGACAUGUUCGCGGAGGAUGAUGACGAUGAUAUGUUCGCUGAAGACACGCAGGAGACUACGCAGCCAACGCAUGCAUCGGCUAAGUCGGCAGUCCCGCAGCCCAAGGAGCUCGACAUUAGCAUGAUGGACAAUUGGGAUGACCCCGAAGGAUAUUACAAUGUCCGGCUGGGUGAGUUGAUUAACGGACGAUACCAUGUGCAGCAGAAUCUAGGCAAGGGCAUGUUCUCAUCGGUCGUACGCGCCACCGACUCCAAGACUGGUGGCUUGGUUGCCAUCAAGAUCAUCCGCCAGAACGACACGAUGAGGAAGGCUGGCAUGAAGGAAAUCGGCAUCCUGGAGCAGCUCCACGAGGCCGACCCGGAGGACAAGAAGCAUGUCAUCAAGUUUGAGCGAUACUUUGACCACAAGGGACAUCUUUGCAUGGUGUUUGAGAACCUGAGCAUGAACCUGCGGGAGGUCUUGAAGAAAUUCGGACGCGACGUUGGUUUGAACCUGCGAGCUAUCCGGGCGUAUGCCCAGCAGAUAUUCCUAGGACUCAGCUUGAUGCGGAAGUGCAACAUUCUCCAUGCGGACCUCAAGCCCGAUAACCUGUUGGUCAACGAGCAACGCAACAUCUUGAAGGUGUGUGACCUGGGAUCAGCAUCCCCGGCGACGGAGAACGAGAUCACACCGUAUCUCGUGAGUCGAUUCUAUCGGGCGCCCGAGAUUAUUUUGGGAAUUCCGUACGACCACGCCAUUGAUGUGUGGUCGAUCGGAUGCACGUUGUUCGAGCUGUACACAGGCAAGAUUCUGUUUACGGGGCGCAACAACAACCAGAUGCUACGAUCCAUCAUGGAAUGCCGUGGCAAAUAUCCGCCGAAGCUGCUGCGGCGAGGGUCGCUGACGCCGAUGCACUUCGAUGACAUGCUCAACUUUUUGAGCAUGGAAGAGGAUAAGAUCACCGGGCGACCAGUCACGCGGGUGUUGGACUUCAAGAAGCCCACGCGGGACUUGAAGACCCGGCUAAUGGGAGGCAAGGAGACACGAGGCAUGACAGACAGUGAGGCAAAAGAGCUGGCCCAAUUCGUGGAUCUACUGGACCGGUGCUUGAACCUCAAUCCGGAGAAGCGGUGCACGCCGACAGAGGCGUUGAAACAUCCGUUUCUGUCUCGGCCCAAGGCAUAA